AUGUCGCAGUCACCAGCUGUGCUGGAGUUCGUGAAGAGGAUCUCGGCUGCCAGCUACUCAGAACUACCUGCCCUUUUCGAAUCAUGGGAUCGAAGAUGGCCUUAUCCUCGGGGAGAUCUGAUGAACUGGGUUGUACCUCUCGAUCGAUUCGACGAAAUCCUUAAAACUUUCAUCACCACAUAUAGUCUAGAGCAAGGCCCGCAGACUGCCUCUUUUGGGGUGGCUGUCCUCGUGAAAGGCACGACAGGAGCGGAUGAAACGCAGAUGGUCGAAAAGUUUGGCGAAGAAGGUGAUCGCAUUCUCAUUGAGUCCAUUCUGGACUUCUCCCGACUGCUGGUCGAGAAAUGCGCCAAUCGAGCUACCUACAACAGUUCCGAUCGCCUCAACGACCUUCUCAAUACUACUUCUCUCUCACUGCUGCACCGGACUCUACGACUUACCAUCUUGCUCGCACAACGCUACUCCGAGCGCGGUAGCCCUGUUCCUGCGCCUGUGGCAAAGUUCUACGAUUAUGAUCACGACCGGUUACGAUGCUUAGCAAGUCCUAUCGCACAGAAUCUUUCUCCCGCGAAACGCGUGCCAGCCUCACCUGUCAAAUCUACCAAGAGCAAAGCCGGCCACGUCAGUGGGUCGAGGCGUACCUCUGCUGCCGCGAACCCAAACGACUUCCGCUCUCUAUGUCGAGAUUUCUCAGCCCAGACUGGCUCCGCAAGACCUGCGCAACCUGAUCGCGACUGGCAGGCAUGGGCACAGGUGAAAGUUGCGUGGACUCCCGAAGCUCUAGCGAAAGACACAGGAGAACAGAGCAAACCGCUUGCUCAGCCCACAGCGCCCUCAACCCCAAACACGCCGACCCCACUUCGCCGCCAGACGAGUGCUUCUGCUAAGGCGGUUCAGUUGCCUGAUAGUGCUCAAGAAGCUUCAGAUUCAUCCUCAAAUCUUCGUAGUCUUGAGUUCUCCACAUCAGAUCUGAGCAAGAUGACUAUUGAAGAGGCUUUGCGCACCUGCCCAGACGAGAUGCCGAAGACUACUCGAUACGAGCUUCUGCACAAGCUGCGUAUCGCUUAUGGUCUCUUGUCAUCACAUGGCCGCAAAGACGUCUUAGCCAUCCGCAUCUUGGCCAUCAACAUUGUGGGCAAUGUCUUUACCGAUGACGAACUGCAGCGGAACCUACUAGGGAGAGAUCAAGCGGGACAGAAGCCUCAAGAGCUGGUGCAGCAAUUGGUCAAUUUAAUCCAAGAUCCGAAGAAAGGCCAACCCACUGUCGAGGUUUACAUGCAAACUUUGAGCAUGGUGACGAUCGGCGUCCUCGCUCGACAUAAAUUAUUUGCUCAAGAUAUCACCGCCGCUCUUGGCGCCAGCUCCGCCAAUGGGUUGUUGCUACGCCUUACUCAACGUGCUCUUGUCGAUCUCACCAGCGACGGGGAUGAGAACGAUACACUGGAUGGCGACGAAUGGCGAGAAGCUGUAUUCUUGUUACCACAGUAUGUCAUCGAAGCUUCAGGUCAUCACGGCCGCUUGAGCGAAGGCAGUUUCUCUAGCAGCUUCGUGGCUGCAUAUGUGACGGGACUGCGUAGUACAACUGUCAAAGCCAUGAGAGUGCACCUUCGGAUGCUGGACUUCAUGAAGAGCUUUUUCCACCACUUCAAGGAUGGUCUUCAGGUCUUACUACAAACCGAUGCAUUUGAGAACCUCAGUAACCUGACACGCGACUUAGCCGAGGAUGCAUGGCAGCAGCACCAGGGUGGGAAAGGCAUUCCGCCAGAGUAUAAGACCCGGCUCACCGAUUACGAAAUUCCGUACAUUCACCGACAAGUCUUGCGCUCUAUCAUUGACAUGAUCAACGAUAUCACUGGUCAUCAAGGUGCUAAUGCGGAUAGGGCUUCUCGAAGUCUGGUGGAUUCCCAAUCAUUGCUAACUGCCUUCAAGCUCAUCAUGGACAAACUGCAAGCAUUUGGUACACACACCUGGAGCGAGGUUGUUAAGGCCAUUAGUGGUUUUCUUAAUAACGAGCCUACGUGUUUCACAGUCAUUGCAGAAGCAGGCAUCAUCAAGAGCUUUUUGGGCACGGUCACUCGUCGUGAUGGUUCGCAAUCAGACUCAGACAUCAAGCAGACUAUUUCAGAUGUUUCUGCUCAAGAGGGUCCUGGAAUUCCCGCUUCCGUUGAAGCCAUUGGUAACGCAUCGCAACUGUUUGAGGCCAUAUGCUUGACAAGCGCAGGAUUCGACCUCUUCAAGUCGUCUGGCGCUCUGGAGAAGUUCUUCGAGAUCUUUGAGUCACCGGCUCAUGUUAAGCUUAUGAAGGAUCUCAACAACAUGCGAGUACUCGGCACCACGUUCGACGAGCUCGUUCGUCAUCACCCUAAUUUGCGCGAUACUGUAAUGAGCUCAGUCAUCGUCAUGAUUGCACGCGUCCGACAUAUUACACGGGCUAUGGCAGGAGAUUAUGGCGCUGGGCCGAAACUCUGGCACCAGGGGCUGAAUGGUGAUCUUAAAGUGUCAGGUGGUAUCGAGGCGCUACGACAGGAGAUUAUUCCCUCCCCUCGAUCCGACGCAAAGCCUUCUGAUGCUGUUACACUGCCCGACGGCAAGAAGCUCACCUUUGACGAGCCGGGGUAUAACGGUCUUCGUUGUGCGCAUCCUCAAAACGAGGAUUCACAUGGCCUGACCGCCUCGGACUACAUGAGGCCGUCGGUGGGAUUCCUGUCCCACCUCUUCCGAACCCAAUCUUCAUGUGUUGUUUUCCUCGAGCAUGGCGGCGCUGAUAUGGUACUCGAUCUUGUCACUAUCCCCAGUGUACCGGUGGCCGAGUAUUCUUUCGGUAUGCAUGGGCAUAUGGAAGAGCUUGCAAACGUCAUCCACAUGAUGGCUGAGUUGAAGCCUGGAUUAGUCCUACCUGCACUCGUCGAUCGAGCACUCUUCGUCUGUUCCGAAUUGCAGCACUUCAGUCAUUCCCAGCCGGGCCAGGAUGAAAGCUAUUUCGAUCCUCUCAUCCAGCUGACGAGCGGAGAGAGCCAGCAUUCGGAAAUGGAUGCAACAUCACCAGUGGAGCAGAAUGGCACGUAUCUUGUCCGAAGUCUCAUGGCUAUUUAUUGCCUAGCCCAAGUCAUUGGAGAGGUGUUCAGUACAGCCAUCUUCAGUUCGCGUACCCACAAUGCCUUCUUGUUUGGCCUCGUCAACUUGGCCGAUUUAUUCGCGGAGCUGAGUGGCAUGCUCGGUGACAUAAGCGCUGCGUGUGUUCGCGAGGCGAUCGUCAUUCAGAAGAAGCUUCCUGAUCCCUGGGUCAAGGCCACAAAGCCAGAGAACUUCUCCAUGGGAGACGACGAGGUAGACCAGAUCCUUCGUAUCUGGGAUAGCUCUUCCAAUACGGAAGGUGAGGACGAGAGCCCCGAAACUACUAAGGACCGCCAGACAGCCGCUUUCAAGAACGUGCAGACAUUACGAUAUCUCACCCUCGAGACACCUGCAGCAAUUGCAGAGCUUCUGGGCAGUAUUGGUCACGGCACUGCCGGCGGGAGGAGGAGACCAGAUACCUUUUCGAGACAGAAGAGCGCUAUGGUUUCCGACGCUAUCGCGGGCGCGCUGCUGAAGCAACUACAGCCCGACUUCAUCCAACCAGGGCUCAACAAUGCUGUCCUUGAUAAGGAGACGAGGUUCAAGUACCUGGUUGUAUGCUUGUCCAACAUGAGAGUCUCGCUUCAUGACGACCUUCAGGGUGCUGGUACAGGCGAGUUCUGCCAGAGCUUCGUGGUCAACGCGUUGAAGAAGCUUGGUGGCAUCCGUCGGCUGCGAGACAUCGGGACUGAAUUCUUCUCAGAGUUGAAGCAAUGCAAAGUCGAGGUCUGGACCUUUGCUGCAAACACUGGCCUCAAAACUUGUCUCGAUAUUUUCGACAUCUUGACAAGUGCAAAGAGUGUUGUGGGCGCUCCUCAGUCUUCGCAUAUGAAGAACUCGGAUCCUGGUAAGGCUCACUACUUUGUACCGCCGCAAGCUUUGUUAGAGUUCCGAAUGGAGGCCCUACCUCUUGUGCGCGAAAUCUGGGACAGCGAAUAUGCCGAUCAAGCCUCCCGGGACGUUGUUCACAAACUAGUAUCUAUCCUCAAGCACGCCUUACAGGGAGACUCUGAAGAGGAAGCGGUCCAGACGCAGAGUGGUCACCCCAAAGUCACGCCUCCACCGCCUCGCAAAUUUCCCAUCGAUCACAACCGCCUUAGAGAGCUUAAGGACGAUGGAUUUGAUGAAGAUCUUGCUAAAGAAGCCUUAUACCGCACCAACACAUUACCCUCAGGCAAUUCUAACACUGCUGCGAAAGAAUACUGUCGGGCGAUGAUCGCCCAUCCACGGCGCCGUCGAUUACCUAUUCCAUCAAGCGAAACCGAUUUGCCUGCAACGACCCGUGAGACACCCUCUACAUCCAGUCCGGCAGGUGCUUCUUCUGCUCUGCCAGUUGGACCUAUCGAGGCGGCGUUGGCCGAGGUUGUCAACAAUGCAUCUCAUGAUAGCGAAAUGGAAGGCGUAACAUCUUCGAGCCCCUCGGAUCCUGCUCGCCCACAGACAUCAGGGUCUUCGGCGAUGGAUCUGAGUAACAUUUUGAACUCCUCGGAGCAGCCUGCGGCUCAGCCGAUCUCUAAGGGAGAGAAGCCCGCUCACCCUUCCUACUCUGUCGAAAUUAUCAACGCAGAGCGGGGAUCCAUUCGAGAUGAUCUUGCCGAGCGCUGCAACAACGUACUGAACAGCCACCAAGACAUGGUUUUUGAGCUAGCAGAUCUCAUCUCAAGUGCCACGAAGAAGAUGUCGCGAGAGGCUGCUCAGAGCUACUGGGAAUCGACUUCCGAUCUUCUCGUCAACUCACUGUUAUCAAUGCAGGCAGAUGGAGAAAUCGAGGAAUCCGAAGGCAAGAAGAUCGCCGCAGCUGCUCAUCUCAUUGCUUUGCUUAUCAACGAUAAGGAGGUCUUCAAGACAGCACUUGGGGUGUUCCAAGAGAAUUUUGAGGGGCUGCUGUCUUUCUUGAAGCUCAGCGGUACAGUGAUUCGAAAGGGAGAUGAUACUUAUCCCUGGGUCGCUCCAAUCCUGCUACUUAUCGAGCAGAUGCUGUCGCAGGAUAAUGAGCCAGCUGAGGUGCGUUGGGACCAUCCUCGAGACCUUGAGUCACCUAUGCCAAAGGCAGAGUUGGUUGAGAAGGCUACCAUCAGUCUCGAUCAGAAGAAGGAACUUUUCACAGCUUUGCUCGACUGUCUCCCUCGAGUUGGAAAAGACAAAUCUAUGGCUCUCUCCAUUGCAAGAGUUCUGGUCAUGCUGACCAGAAAGCGCGAGAUUGCUACGGCACUCUCAGAGAAACGGAACUUGCAACGCCUCUUCCUUAUGGUCAAACAGCUUGGUAUGGGAGUCUCUAGUCGCUUCCUGAGCUCGUUCAUGCUCAUCCUUCGUCACAUUGUGGAGGACGAAGAGACACUUGUGCAGAUCAUGAGAAGCGAGAUCCAAGCUGCCUUCACUGGCCGAAACUCCUCUCGGAACUUGGAUCUAAAUGGCUAUACCAGAGAGCUGCACCACCUUGCUAUCCGGUCACCCGAGGUCUUUGUGAAGGUGUCGAACGACCUGCUCAAAUUGUCGCAAUGGCAGCCCCACUCGCCUGGUCCCCCUCUUGCGCUCAAGGAUGUUCUCAAAGAUGACGACGCGAGACCCGCCGAUAAGACUACGUCCCCAGCUGGAGACGGCACGGCGGCAGAUGAUGCCAACGAAGCUGCCGCAAGCGUCGAAAACACCGAUGCUCCUGCCGAUGACUCAAAAGGCAAGACCGCUGACAUUAAGCCCCCGGUCGUUGAGAACCCUGAUGGUGUCAUCCACUUCCUGCUUUCUGAGCUGUUGUCCUACAAGGAUGUCGAUGACAAGGACGUUCCAUCUACAGCAAGAGCUGACUCGGAAGACUCCAGCCCGGUACUGGACCCGCCUGUUGCUCCAACGAUUGCCCCUGAGUCGCCAGCCUCUUCUAUCGAUGGCUCGGGCCUUGCACAGUCAGAUGCAGCCAAGCCAGAGCGCCCUCGAUUCAAGCCGGAAGACCACCCCAUCUUCAUCUAUCGAUGCUUCUUACUCCAGUGCUUGGUGGAGCUGCUGCAUUCGUAUAGUCGCACCAAGAUUGAGUUCAUCAACUUCUCUCGCAAGUCGGAUCCGUUGGCAGUGACUCCAUCGAAGCCACGAUCUGGCAUCCUUAAUUACGUGCUGAACGGCUUGGUCGCUUCUGGCUAUGUGGACAAAGACGACCAGUCAAUUCAUUGCAAGAAGCGACUUGCAGUCUCGGAUUGGGCCAUCAAAGUCCUGGUCUCUUUGUGCUCUAAGACCGGCGAGAAAGGCAAAUCAGCCCCUGUGCAGCGCUAUGCUCUCGUACAGGUAGAUGACAAGGACGAUGAACCUGAGCUGACGUUCGUGCGCCGCUUCGUGCUUGAGCAUGCCAUCAAAGCCUUCAAAGAUGCAACCUCGUCGACCGAGUCGUUGCAAACCAAGUACAGCAAGCUACUAUGCUUGUCGGAUAUGUUCAAUCGCCUACUUUCGAAGCCAUCGGCCUCUGAUGGAGCGGCUGGUUCUAAUAACACCUCGUACAGAAUUCUCGGUCGAAUGAUGUUUGAGAAGAAUCUGAUCUCAGUCCUUACAAGCUCACUGGCUGAAAUCGAUCUGUCCCAGCGAGGUGCCCGGCGCGUAAUCAAGUUUAUCUUGCGACCGCUUCAAGAACUUACCAGUCUGGCCACACAACUUAGUCUCACUUCGCCGGACGUGAUCACUUCGGUUCUGGGCAAUACAUCGGAUGACGAUAUAUCAUCAGCUUCAUCGGUCUCAGAGGUAGAAGACGAACGAGAGGAGACUCCGGAUCUCUACCGUAAUUCGGCUUUGGGUCUUCUUGACCCGAAUCGACCUCGAGAGUCCGAUUCGGAUUCCGAUGAUGAGGAUGAUGACGAAGAGAUGUACGACGACGAGGAGUAUCCUGACGAGAUGGACUACGACGAUGGCAUGCCCGCAGGCCAAGAAGACGACGAAGCUGUCAGUGACGAAGAUGAGGACGACAUGGACGGCCCAAUCGAGGGUCUGCCGGGGGACGUGCCUAUGGAGCUCGAGUUUGUCGUCAAUGAGGGCGGCAUGGAAGUUGAUACUGGUGAUGACGAUAGCGAGACCAGUAGUGACGAUGGUUCAGAUGACGAGGAUGGCGAGGACUUCGAUAUCGAAGACGAAGAUGGUGAGAUCAACGCCGACAACGAAAACGACAGCCUCGGUGAUGGACACGACCACGAAGCCGACUGGGAAGAUGAUGAAGGUGAUGAAGACAUUGACGACGAUGCUGACGAUGACGAAGGCGAUGAGAUUGAGGUCGACAUGAAUGGCGACCUCCUUGCUGGCGGUCCAGACGAAGCACCUGCUCUGCAAGACGACCUCAACAACCUUCUUCGUGUUCUUAACGGACGGGAUGAAGAAGGUGGGCGUGCGAAUCAUACCCACGUAGUAAUGCACCCUGGUGUGGCUGGUGCAGAUGAUGAAGAGGACCAUGAGGAUGUCGAUGUUGUGGAGGAAGACGAGGAAAUGGACGAGAAUGACGCUCUUGGCCAUGAUCACUUCGAUGACUUCAUGGAUGGUGAUAUCGAAGACGAGUACUACGAGGAUCAGUGGACAUUCGACGAACCUGCGCCUCGACCUAGAGGUUUUGGACGUCGCAAUUUCGGUGGCCGUUCCAUCUUCCGCCCUCCACCUCCACCUACAGCAUUCCUUCACCCUCCAAGCUUUCGUGGAGCUGGCGAGUCCAUCCCAUCAUUCUACCGAUCCUCUAGUGGACGCCGUCCUGGUCGACAAGACAAUGACGAUGGCACAAAUCCACUGCUACAGCGACCACCGGGAGAAGCGCCAUCAUCACGUGCAGGCGAUGUUUCGCGCAUUACCUUGGCCUCAGGCCGGCUCCCCGGGGACGAGGACCUGGAGGAGUUCAAUAAUUUCACCAGUUUGAUGCCAGGCCCCGUGCGCGACGCUUUCCGAUCCGUCGUUCAGGCCGAAGGCGGACAGAGCCGCGGCCACGGUCAGCUCCUCGAUCUGAUCGCGAACACUAUUCAUCGAGGCGGCCCUGCCAUGUACGCUAGUCCUAUGAGCAUUAACGUCAAUGUUCCCCUUGGAGAACUCUCCUCAGGAAUGCGGCAUGGUCUCGGCAUGGGUGGCGGGGCUAUCUCAAGCCAACGUGUACGCGAAGACCCUCCUCGAGCUGUAAGCUUUACGCCUGCCACCACCAUGGUUCGAUGGCAAGAGGAGCGAGCCAUCCUUUUUGGCAACCAGUACCUUGACAAGCUCCAGCGCAUACAGCUCCUCCUUAUGUCGAUGCUUGCCCCUUCUGCCCAACAAGAGGAGAAGGAGCGCCUGCGUAAGCGGGAAGAGGAAAUCAGGGCUCAGAGAGAGGAAGAAGAGAGACAACGCCAAGAAGCUGAGCGCACCCGCAAGGAGCGGGAAGAGCAAGAGGCUGCGGAGCGUGCCGAAGAGGAGCGACGUGUCGCUGCAGAAGUUGAGGCGGCUGCUGCGGCUGCUGCUGCUGCUGCUGAUAACCAACCCGCCGCCAGUGGCGAGACUAAUGAGGCGGAGCCUAUGGAAGGUGUGCAGUCUACCGAGCCAGAUCCUCGAAGUGAGGACCAGCCAGAUGAGGCUGAAUCGUCAGAGGCAGCUCAAGAGCGCGUCUUCACGACAAUCAGAGGACGUCAACUGGACAUCACCGGGUUGGCCAUUGACCGGGAGUACCUCGAAGCGCUGCCAGAGGAGCUGCGAGAAGAAGUCAUCAUGCAGCAAUAUGCCACUCGCCGAGAAGAAGCGCAACAGCAAAACACCAAUGCUAGCACGGGGGCGGCAACGGGUACUGACAAUGCACCUAUUGAUCCUGAGUACCUGAACGACUUCCUCAAUGCUCUGCCAGAAGAAGUCCGAGAAGAAAUUCGUCAGUCUGAAGCCAAUGCUCAGCGACAGCGGGAGCGAGAAGCCGCUCGCCGAGAAGCAGCGGUUAAUAGACCAGUUCAGGCGGAAGACAUGAACAACGAUGAUUUCCUAGCCACUCUAGAUCCGGCACUACGCCGCGAGAUCUUGGGUGAGCAAUCUCACGACAUUUUGGCGCAGCUUAAUCCCCGGUUUGCUGCUGAAGGUCGUGAACACGCUCGCCGAAUCUUCCACUAUUCUGGCCUGCCUGUUGGUCGGCAGGCCCAGGGCGGUCGUGUUGACCGCGAUGGGCAGAAGGAUAACAAACGCCAAGUGGUUCAAUUAGUCGAUAAAGCUGGCGUUGCGACACUUUUGCGUCUGAUGUUCCUUCCACAACAGGGUUCACUUCGGUCGAACCUGUGGCACAUCUUGAGGAACGUAUGCGGCAACCGACUCACUCGCUUUGAGGUCAUUAAUAUGCUCUUGGUCAUUCUGAAGGAGGGAUCGACUGAUGUCACCGCCGUCGAGCGCAGCCUUGCCAGUCUUUCGUUACGCGCCAAAGCCACCGCUGCUCAGAAAACUCCCCAGCCGUUAAAGCGAACCCUAUCGAUGCAGCCAAGUGCUGGUUUAGGUGAGGACGUCACUCCUUUGGUUGUCGUUCAACAGUGCCUCUCGGCGCUUAAGCAACUCUCCCAGCACGGUCUACACGUGCGUACAUUGUUCUUGCGCGAGGUCGAUAUCAGCAGCAGCUCCAAAUCCAAGAAGGGCAAAGACAAAGAGAGCAAGACGACCAAAUAUCCUAUCAACGACCUUAUCACCCUGCUUGACCGCAAGCUUAUCGUUGAAAGUGCUCCCAGCUUGCAAUCUCUUGCUGAACUGCUCGCCGCGGUAACCUCGCCCCUGGUCGUCCUGAUGCGUAAGGAAAAGGAGCAAAAGGAUGAGGCGAAGAGCCAGAAGCCAGAUACUACCGAAAGUUCCGAGCGACAGACUGAACCUUCUAACACUGAUCAGGUGCAAGAUACUGCUAUGACUGAGGGUUCUACUGAGGUUGGGGCUGAGGGAACAACUGCAAUCGAGGCCCUGAGCGGUGAAGCCACUGCUAGUAUGAAGGAUGAAGAGAACGAAGUCAGCAAAAAUGAAGAGCCCAAGCCGAAGAAGAGUUUCGAGCCGCCUGUCAUUCCCACUCGAAAUCUCCAGCUCAUUGCUAAUAUCUUCAUUGCUUCCGAAUGUGGUAACGACACCUUUCAUGCCACUUUGGAUACGAUGUCGAGUAUCUCCUGCGUGCCCGGCACCAGUGAAGUCUUCGGCAAGCAGCUGAUCGGGCAUGUCAAGAACCUCUCCUCGUCUCUUUGCUCAAGUCUCGAUGAGCUGAUACCACAGCUCCGCGAGGCCCAAGCGAGCACCGAUCUCCACGGUAUCACCUCUACUCGCUUUUCCCACAGUGGAUCCGAUCAGGUCAAACUACUCCACGUUCUCAAAGCUCUCGAUUAUCUGUCGGAGCCGAAGAAGGAGGGCGAGGGUGAGGAAGGUGCGGUGAAGAGCAUUCUGACAACCUCCUACGAGGGCCUAUCUCUUGGGCCUUUGUGGUCGAAGCUGAGCGAAUGCCUUAGUGUCAUGGGCGAGAAGGACAACGUCAUUGCUUUCGCGUCCAUUCUCCUUCCUCUGAUCGAAUCUCUGAUGGUUGUUUGCAAGAACACUUCACUCAAAGAAGCGCCUCUGGUGCAGCAAAUUCGCGAGGAGGGCCCCACAACUCCCAUUGUUGAGGACCUAAACGAUCUCGAACAGCUCUUCUUCAACUUCACUACCGAGCACCGGAAGAUCCUCAAUGACAUUAUUCGUCAAUCGCCGAAAUUGAUGCAAGGUAACGGUAGCUUCAGCUUACUGGUGAAGAAUCCCAAAGUGCUCGAUUUCGAUAACAAGCGUGCUUUCUUCACGAAGCAAAUCCAUUCGAGGUUACACCAGCAGCGCCACGUUCAGCCACCCCUACAGCUCAAUGUCCGCCGCGAUCAAGUCUUCCAAGAUUCGUACAAGGCGCUGUACUUCAAGACCGCUGAUGAGAUGAAGUAUGGCAAGCUCAACAUUCGGUUCAACGGCGAGGAGGGCGUGGACGCCGGCGGUGUUACUCGCGAAUGGUUCCAAGUCCUCGCUCGGGGCAUCUUCAACCCCGACUGGGCUUUGUGGCAGCCAGUCGCUUCUGACAAGACCACCUUCCACCCGAAUCCUCUCAGUUGGAUCAACGGUGAGCAUCUUGUGUAUUUCAAGUUCAUCGGUCGAAUCAUUGGCAAAGCACUCCACGAAGGUAGAGUCCUUGACUGCCAUUUCAGUCGCGCUGCCUACAAGAGAAUGCUUGGCAAGCAACCAAACCUCAAGGAUCUUGAGAGCAUGGAUCUUGACUAUUACAAGUCUCUUCUUUGGAUCCUGGAGAACGACAUCACUGAUAUCCUCACCGAGGAUUUUUCGAUCGUUGAAGAGCAGUUUGGUGAAGAAAAGAUCGUCGACCUGAUCCCCGAUGGGCGCAACAUUCCCGUUACGGAGGAGAAUAAGCGAGAAUACGUCCAGAAGCUGGUCGAGUACCGCCUAACGGGAUCCGUUAGUGAGCAGCUUGAGCAUUUCAUUCGCGGUUUCCACGACAUUAUUCCUGCCGAAUUAGUUGCCAUCUUUGAUGAGCAGGAACUCGAGUUGCUCAUUUCUGGUCUUCCCGAGAUCGAUGUCGACGACUGGAAGGCGAAUACCGACUACCAUAAUUACAACGCGAACAGCCCUCAGAUCACUUGGUUCUGGCGUAUUGUGCGGGCCAUGAGCAACGAAGAGCGAGCUAAGUUGUUGCAAUUCAUCACGGGCACUAGCAAGGUGCCACUCAACGGUUUCAAAGAUCUUGAAGGCAUGCAGGGAACAACUCGCUUCUCUGUCCACCGUGAACCCAACCUCAACCGGCUGCCAACCAGCCACACUUGCUUUAACCAGCUCGACCUUCCGGCUUACGACAACCAGGAGUCGCUCAAAACCAACAUAAUGAAGGCCAUCAAUCUGGGCGCCGACUACUUUGGAUUUGCCUGA